AGUUUCCAUAUGUUUUUUAAUUUUCCUAGAACAGCGUUCCAUAUUACAGUACUUUCCAAAUUAAAACCCAAUCCCGUUCCUACAACUACAACUAAAACGAGUAAACAAAUCUUUUCCGAUUCUUGAAUGGUAAAAAAUCUUUGAUUUACAGACCAAGCAACUCCUCUAUAAAAUAUUAUACAUCAACAAGUUCUCAAUUAACGAAGCCAAUUAAUCUUCUUCUUCCCUCUACCAUGAACACUACUAUUAGCACCAUGAAGAAAACUCAAGGACGGAGGAAAAUUGCAAUCAAGCCAAUUGACAAUCAAAAUAGUAGGCAUGUUACUUUCUCCAAACGGCGUUUAGGACUUUUCAAAAAAGCUAGCGAACUUUGCAUCUUAAGCGGUGCAGAAAUCGCUAUUCUCGUUCAAUCUUUAAAACGACAACGUCUUUUCGCUUUCGGUCAUCCCAACGCUGACGCCGUUAUCGACCGUUAUCUCACAGGAAAAUCGUCCUCCUCCUCAUCCACGGUCGAUCAACUCAACGUGCAACAGAACAAUCAAUACUAUUCUCAAAUUUGUAGAGAAUUGGAGGCUGAGAAGAAAAAAAAAGAGAUUAUUGAAAAUUCAAAGAUUGUGAAUAAUAAUAGUAAUAAUGAGGGAUUUUGGUGGAAUGAAUCAAUUGAUGAUAUGGGAAUUGAGGAACUUGAAGAAUUUAUGGGUGCAUUGGAAGAAUUGAAGAAGAAAAUAACACUGAGAGCUGAUGAAUUGAGUAUGAUAAAUGGUUCUUCAGUAGUGCCAACAGCUUCAACUUUGAAUAAUAAUAUUGCUAGAUUUGGGGCUGAAGAUCAAUUCUUGAAUCAGGCUGCUAUCGACUAUUGUUCUUCAAUUGUUCCUUACCAAUUCAAUCACCCGGGAGAUGGCCAAUUCUGAAGCGAUUAUUAUUUAUAUUUAAAGCAUGAUUAGUUGAGUAUUAAUCAAGUAUCAUGUUUUUUCUUUCUAAUUAUCUUUCUCUUGUUUAUGAAGAAGUAGCAUGUCGUGAUCUUUGGUUAUAUAUAAAAGAACUGAGAAGCUGUUGUUUUUGUAUUAAUAAUCUCUACUAUCUUCUUCCUU